ACACAGCUUUUGACAGAAAUGUCAAUCUAACGUGCGAAAUGUCAUCCCUUUUCUCUUUCUCUAUAUCCGGUCAGCCAUAAGACCUCCAUCAAGAUGAGGAAGAUUAUGAAAGCUAACAAAAUCGUAAUUGUCCUUAGUGGACGUUACGCCGGCCGCAAGGCCAUCAUUGUCAAGACUGUUGACGAUGGUGGUGCCGACAAACCUUUCGGUCAUGCCUUGGUUGCUGGUAUCGACAGAUACCCCCGCAAGGUUACCAAGAGCAUGGGCAAGACCAAGUUGAAGAAGAAGUCCAAGAUCAAGCCUUUCUUGAAGGUAUUGAACUACAAUCACUUGAUGCCCACCCGUUAUUCCGCCAGCGAAAUCACCUUCGACAAGUUGUCGCCCAAGGACUUGAAGGAUCCCGCCAAGCGUAAGGCUCACCGUUUCCAAACCCGUGUCAAGUUCGAAACUUCCUACAAGGAGGGCAAGAACAAGUGGUUCUUCCAGAAGUUGCGCUUCUAAGUUAUCU